UCUUAGUAUAAUUUUAUUGCGCCUUCUUAUUUAUUUUUUGUCGCUUAGGCAAAAACAAACUGCGUCUCGUCUACCCCUCUAUGGCUGGCUCGAUCCAUUUCUGCUUCAAAACAAUCCUCUGCUCUCCCGUCUAAGUUCCUAUUCCCCACCACCCUUUUCCUUCCUUCCUCCCAUGGAGCUCUUCUCUCUCCAAUCCCUUCUCUUCGUUUCUCUCUCCAUUUACCUCUGCCUCUGCUUCUACUUGUCAAAUAACAAACCCAAAACCACCCAAGUCCUUCCCACCUAUCCUCUGCUCGGAACCCUGCCGGCGUUCCUCAAGAACCGCCGCCGCUUCCUCAACUGGACCACCGACGUCCUUCGCCGCUGCCCCACCCACACCGUCGUCCUCCAGCACCCCGGCAACAUCCACGGUAUCAUCACCGCUAACCCCUCAAACGUCGAGCACAUACUCAAGACCAACUUCCCCAACUACCCCAAAGGCCAACGGUUCAUAUGGCUUCUCGAAGACUUCCUCGGCCGCGGAAUCUUCAACUCCGACGGCGAACUCUGGAAGGUCCAGCGCAAGACCGCCAGUUACGAGUUCAACACCAAAUCGCUCCGAAAUUUCGUCUUUGAAAACGUCGCGGUUGAGAUUCGGACCCGUUUGGUUCCGGUUCUCAAGAGCGCCUCCGAAACGCUAGAGGUUCUGGAUCUUCAAGACGUUUUGGAGCGGUUCGCGUUCGAUAACGUGUGCAAGGUCGCGUUUGACGUGGACCCCGCUUGCCUCGGAGGCGAAAAUGCCGCCACCGGCGGCAAUGGAGGCGAGUUUAUGCGCGCGUUUGAAGACGCGGCGACGCUGAGCUCGGAGCGGUUCAUGUAUGCUUUUCCAUAUAUAUUGAGCAUCAAGAAGUUUCUCAAUAUGGGAUCGGAGCGUCGAUUGAGCGAAUCGAUCAGGAUUGUUCAUGAAUUUGCGGAUAAGAUCAUACGGUCGAGAUUGGCGGAGAAAUCCAACAGAACUGGCGAAGAUUUACUAUCUCGAUUUAUCGGGAAUGAUGAAAAUUCCGCCGAGUUUCUCCGAGAUAUCGUUAUUAGCUUCAUUCUCGCUGGUAGGGACACAACAUCUUCGGCUCUCGCUUGGUUCUUCUGGCUACUAGCAUCAAACCCGGAUGUGGAGAAAAAGAUACAAGAUGAGCUCGAAACGAUUCGCGUUCGUAGUGCCAAACAUAUCGGCGAUUCCUAUAAUUUCGAUGAGCUCCGAGAAAUGAACUAUCUCCAUGCUGCGAUUUCGGAAUCGCUAAGGCUGUACCCGCCGGUGCCGGUCGAUACAAAAGCGUGCUUGGGCGACGACGUUAUGCCGGACGGUACCUUUGUGGGGAAAGGGUGGUUUGUGACUUACGACACAUACGCAAUGGGAAGAAUGGAGAGCAUCUGGGGAGAGGAUUGUUGCGAAUUUCGGCCGGAACGUUGGCUGGAGGGCGGUUGGGUCCGGCAAGAAAGUCCGUAUAGGUUUCCGGUAUUUCAUGCCGGGCCGAGAAUGUGUCUCGGAAAAGACAUGGCGUACAUACAGAUGAAGUCGAUAGCAGCAUCUAUGAUUGAGCGCUUUCAUAUGAGCGUACGGGAUUCGAACACGUGUCCGGAGCACGUUCUAUCCCUGACCCUGAGGAUGAAAGGUGGGCUGCCAGUGAAGGUGAGAGAAAGGUGUUACGAUGGCUCUCCUACAUUUUUCUAACUAUGAAGUAUGAAGACUUGGUAAGUUUUAUUUUAAUAUGAUUGGAUAGUAGGGAAUUUGAGAUUGAAGAUAAAUAUUUUCUUUUUAAAAA